AAUCUGGUGCGGUUUAUCAUCGUCUUCUCUUCUUCCCUUCAGGUUUCUCCAAUCCAGGAUCCUCUGCUGAUAUCUUCUAUAUAAGAGAAUUCUCCUGGAUGACCCAUCAACCAUGGAGAGAGACAGGAACAAGAUGGCUGACAGGAUCAUAAACCUCACCCUACAGAUACUCUUCCGGCUUACUGGAGAGGAUUACACAGUAGUGAAGAAGUCCUCUAGUGGGCGCUGUCGGGCCCCUGUGUGUGAAGGAUGGGGAAGAACCCUGAGCCCAAUCCCGGGGCCCCCACCUCACUGCCUGAUACAUGAGGAAAUGGAUGAACAGAAGAUCCGAGAACUCAUCAACAAGAUGAUGGAGCUGCUGACUGGAGAGAUUCCUAUAAGGUGUCAGGACGUGGCGGUCUAUUUCUCCAUGGAGGAGUGGGAGUAUGUAGAAGGACACAAGGAUCAGUACAAGGAUCAGGUCAUGAUGGAGGAUCAGCAGCCCCUCACAUCACCAGUCAGAUCCAGUAAGAGAACAGCACCAGAGAGGUGUCCCCGUCCUCUUGAUGAGCAGAAUAUGGAGGUCAUUACUACAGGGAAAAAUCGGAUCUAUAUUAAUGCUACAGAUAUAAAGGAAGAGACGGAUGUGAGCGGUGAUGAGCAGUAUAAGGAGGACAAGGGCAUUCCUACAGGGAAAGGUCUGACUUAUAUAAAUGCUACAGACAUAAAGGAAGAAGAAGAGACAGAUGUGAGCGGUGAUGAGCAGUAUAUGGAGGACAAGGACAGUCCUAUAGGAAAAGAUCUGAUCUAUAUGAAUGCUUCAGACAUAAAGGAAGAAAAAGAGACAGAUGUGAGCAGUGAUGAGCAGUAUAAGGAGGACAUUACUACAGGGAAAAAUCUGAUCUAUAUUAAUGCUACAGACAUAAAGGAAGAAGAGACAGAUGUGAGCGGUGAUGAGCAGUAUAAGGAGGACAAGGACAGUCCUAUAGGAAAAGAUCUGAUCUAUAUGAAUGCUUCAGACAUAAAGGAAGAAAAAGAGACAGAUGUGAGCAGUGAUGAGCAGUAUAAGGAGGACAUUCCUACAGGUAACCACCCAGAUUCUUGUAGCAGGAGAUCAGAGGAGAAUCUUAUAUCUUCAGAUUAUAAAGCAGAUGAUGAUAUCACACAAGAUACAUAUGAAGAACAUUCCAUUAUCCCAGAUACACCCUCAGCCCUUCACAGCCAAGAUCUGUCAUCUCAUCCUUAUAUACAGGUCCUGUCUUCUCAGUCAUCACAGAAAGGUCACAGAAGGGGUGUUGGACACCAACGAGCUCAUACAGGAAAGAAACCAUAUUCAUGCUCAGAAUGUGGGAAAUGUGUUACUUCUAAAUCAAGUCUUGUUAAACAUCAGAGAAUACACACAGGGGAGAAGCCAUUUGCAUGUUCACAGUGUGGAAAAUGUUUCACUCAGAAAUCAUAUCUUGUUGAACAUCAAAGAACUCACACAGGGGAGAAGCCAUUUUCAUGUUCAGAAUGUGGGAAAUGUUUUCCUUUUAAAUCAGGUCUUGUUGUACAUCAAAGAACUCACACAGGAGAGAAGCCAUUUUCAUGUCCAGAAUGUGGGAAAUGUUUUACUAAUCAAUCAAGUCUUAUUCAACAUCAAAGAACUCACACUGGAGAGAAGCCAUUUUCAUGUCCAGAAUGUGGUAAAUGUGUUACUAAUCAAUCACAUCUUAUUCAACAUCAAAGAACUCACACUGGAGAGAAGCCAUUUUCAUGUCCAGAAUGUGGGAAAUGUUUUACUAAUCAAUCAAGUCGUCUUCAACAUCAAAGAACUCACACUGGAGAGAAGCCAUUUUUAUGUCCAGAAUGUGGGAAAUGUUUUAUUGAUCAAUCAAGUCUUAUUCUACAUCAAAGAACUCACACUGGAGAGAAGCCAUUUUCAUGUGCAGAAUGUGGGAAAUGUUUUACUCAGAAAUCAGGUCUUAUUCAACAUCAAAGAACUCACACAGGGGAGUAGGCAUUUUCAUGUGCAUAAUGUGGGAAAUGUUAUACUGUGAAAUCAAAUCUUGUAAAAACAUCAAAGAACUCACACAGGGAAGAAGCCAUUUUUCAUGUGCAGAAUGUGGGAAAUGUUUUACUGAUAAAUCAAGUCUUAUUCAACAUCAAAGAACUCACACAGGGAAGAAGCCAUUUUUCAUGUGCAGAAUGUGGGAAAUGUUUUACUGAUAAAGCAAGUCUUAUUCAACAUCAAAGAACUCACACAGGGGAGAAGCCAUUUUCUGUUUCAAUAGUUUUUAUUGAAUAUUUUUUGACAAUCUAAAAGAACAAUGCAAGUCCCUUGCAGGGGACUAAGUAGAAGUCAAGCAAGUAUAUAAACAGGUAAACAUACAAGUAAAAAAAAUCAAAAGAACCUAAGAACAAAGGUGGAAUAAGUUGACUUGUACAAUUGCAAGAAUAUAUGGCAAUGUGUCUUUGAACUCUAAUGGGCUAGUCAUAUAGUAAUAGCUAGCGUUGACCCACUACAGGGUUUGAGUGUCAAGAGUUUAGUUACUCUGCGUGGCAUGUAAACAGUCUACAUCCUGAUAUCUAUCUCAGUAGGAAAUUAUGGGAGCGGUAAUGGAGGGUAAUAGAGGAACAGGUAGGGGUAGGAGGGUGUAGGGGUAAGAGGUGUAAGGAGUCAGGAGAAGGUGUUGAAAGGAUAGGCAGGUAGGAGAAGGGGGGGGGUGGAGGAUCGUAGAAAAGGACCCGCAAAGGGAAUGUAAGUGAUCUCAGCAGGUUAUAUAGUACCAGUAGCCUGUGUUGUGGAAGACCACCUAUUCCAUCGCUUGUGAAAUAUGAGCCGUUACCAUAGGCGAUGAUGCGUUCAUAUGUGUAGGUGGUAUUUACUUUAUUAAUGACCAUGUCUAUAGAUGGGGUGUUGGGUGAUUUCCACAUGCUGGUAAGUGAAAUUUUCAUCACAAUUAGGAUAAUACAUAUUAAGUCUCUCUCGGGUCUAGGUAUAUCAGAUAAAUCGAGAAACAAUAAAAUCUGUUGUGGGGUCCAGGCCCUCUCCUCCCCUAAAACCUCAUUCAAGAGCUGUUUGCAGGCAAGCCAGUAGGCUUUAAUGGAGGGAUAUUCCCACAAAAUGUGUAACAAUGUGCCCCUCUGUCCACAAUCACGCCAACAUAGUCCAGUCAUUUCUGAGUAGAUGUGGGACAGGGGCUCAGGAGUGUAGUACCACCUCAAUAUGGUCUUCAUAGCAGACUCAACAUGUGAAACACAUUGAAAGGCUCUACGUAUAUUCUGGAAAGCCGCUCACCAUUGGGAUUCAAAGAUAGAUUUGCCCAGCUCGUUUUCCCAGGAACGAAAGGGGUGUGAUUUGCGAAAUUGGGAAGUAUGGGAUACAUUAGAAUAUAAGGGGCGAAGGCCCUUUAGGUUGCUAGAGAGAAAAAUGUAAGAGGGUUUAUGUAACUGGAUGGAAGAUGGUGGAGUAUGAAGUAAGAAAUGAUGCAAGCGCAGAAACUUGUAGACGUCAGAAUGAGAAAUAGAAAAGGUAGAGUGCAAUUCUGAAAAGGGUAGUAGGGUUUCAGAUAAAUAAAGUUGGUGGAGAUGUGUAAGCCCACUGUGAAUCCAUGGGACCAGCCAUAUGUCAGGGCUCAUGCUUUGUAUAAGAGAUAUGGGAAUGAGAGUUUUGUCCGUGGUUGUGUCCACUAGAGAGAGGUUUGUUACCCAUGCCUUAAAUGAGGCCGCCACAAUAGCGUUGGAAGAGGGGGCGGUGUGGAGAC